AUUGAAACAUCACCAACCUCCAGUAGUCCAAUGGAUGAAUUAAUUACCUGGUGUCGCAAAGUCACUGAAGGCUACAGAGGUGUCAAAGUGACCAAUUUAACAACAUCGUGGAGAAAUGGUCUGGCUUUCUGUGCCAUCAUACACCACUUUAGGCCUGAGCUCAUAAAUUUCCAGAAGCUUAAUCCACACGACAUCAAGGGCAACAAUAAAAUGGCUUUUGAUGCAGCAGCCAAACUGGGGAUACCAAAACUACUGGAACCUGCAGAUAUGGUCCUUUUAGCCGUCCCAGAUAAGUUGUGUGUCAUGACCUACCUCCAUCAGCUGAGGUCCUACUUCACAGGCCAGACCCUCGCUCUCCAACAGAUUGGGCCUAGUACUAAUGAGAGUACUUACACCUUAGAAGAGCGCGAUGAAGAAGACGAGGAAAGAGUAUCAGCAGAAAUGUACGGACACAAAGCCCCUGUUCGAAAAUCCUCAACAUCAUCGUCAUCAUUGUCAUCUAAACUCAGAAAAUCCAUCUCAGAUGCACAGGAUCUAGCACCCUUGUCAAGUCAGCAGAACUCACAGCAGCAGCAGCAGCAACCAGAACUGGCAACCAAGAAAUCCAAGGCCCCACCUGCCCCUCCCACCCAAACAUCCAGUCCCAACAGUAAUCUUAGUGCAGAAAGUCCAGCUUCUGUUGCCACAGCUUCUGCUGCUGGUGAAAAAACAAAUGUGCCGCAAGCAGGAAGACAUUAUGAAAAGAAUAAAAAGAGGCGAGCCCCAAGUCCACCUCGCAGCAUUCAGGACAAGAAAUUAGCAGCUGAGAAUGAAUCUCUUAAUCCUUUUGGUUCAGAUGAGGAGGAGCAGGAGGAAUUUAAUGAACAGGUAAUACUGCGGCUAACAUUGUCAGAGGAUGAGAAGCAGCAGCGAUUACGUGAGCAGGCCAAGAAGCUGAUAGCUGAGGUCAGGCAGAGUGAGAAGAUCCCAGAGCACCCGAUAGUCAGGCAGUUGAGUAGUGGAGCUGGAACUAAACCUAUAGGUAGGAAUGAGGGAAGCCAAAAUAUCUUCCCUCAUGAGCAUUUGAACCCAAAACCUUUAUUUU